AAUAAAGGACUUUUUUAUUUCUAUUUUUUCUGAAUUUGGGUAUCUGGGUUUUGGUUCAAAUCACUGCUCCAACUGCAAAUGCGUUGAAUUGGGUGAUUUUGUUUCUAGAUUCUCAGAUUAGAGCCAACAGCAUGUAAGUACAAUGGGCUGAUUUUAUUUCUAUUUAGAUGGCUGACUUUUGGAUUUUAUAUCAUUUGAAGAAGGUAGUUUCAGAAGAAAUCCAUGGACUAAUACAUAUAUACAUAUAGAAGAGACAUUACCAUAUUUUGAUUUUGUGGGUUCUGUUGGCGUGAUUUGGUUUUUGGGUGUUUUUGAAAAAUGUUAAUGUUUGUACGGUGUUAAUGAGUUUGAAUUUUGGUGGGGUUAGCUAUCAUUUUUGAGUAUUUUAUUUUUUCCUUUUUUGCCUUGGGUGAGAAAUGGGUUGUGUUGGAUGUCUUGGAGAUUUCGGUGUUGUAUUUACACGAGUUUUUGAGGGUUUUGAUUGAUGGUAGAAAUGGGUUUUCAUGUGGGGUUAAAAGGUGAAAAUUUACCCCAUUUUGAGCACUUUUAAUGGGUUUUUCUUGGUGUCUGUGAUGUGGGAUGGGCAUUUUCGUAUGAAAGAUUUUUUGUAAAAAAAACCCUAUUUUAGCUUCUUUGGGAAGUUCUUAGGAUUAUAAGGUUUGGUAUGUUUCAUGGGCUUUCCCACUUCUCUUCUUUUUCAUGCAUGAGGUUGUAAUUUUGGGUGGAGAUAUUCAAUUCCAAAAGUGAAAUCUAUUAGACUAGUUUUUGGAAUUAUUUUUUUAGUUUUAGUUUUUUGAUUUUUUUUUGAGUUUGAGUCUGUUUGGGGUGAAAUUGCCGUUGAAUGGGAAUUCAGAUGAUGGGUUCUCAAGGCAAUGGGCAGCAAUCUCAAUUCCAGCCACUCGCUCGGCAAAGCUCUCUAUACAACCUCACGCUGGAUGAAGUUCAAAACCAGUUAGGAGAUUUAGGAAAACCGUUGAGUAGUAUGAAUCUUGACGAGCUUCUUAAGAAUGUGUGGUCUGUCGAAGUGAAUCCGGUGAUGGGAAUGGACACGGAGAACUCUGCACUGCCAGGCCCAGUCAGCUCAGCGUCUGGCUUGCAUCGCCAGGGGAGCAUGACAUUGACACAGGCCUUGAGCAAGAAGACGGUCGAUGAGGUGUGGAGAGAUAUUCAACAGGGGCAGUCGAAGGGUAGAGAAGAGAGGAGAGAGAAGGAACGGCAGCCAACGCUCGGAGAAAUGACGCUGGAGGAUUUCUUGAUGAAGGCUGGCAUUGUGGCUGAAGAGAGGAAAAAGAAGGGCGUGGGAGAUCCGCAGAAUCUGGAAGGGAUUUCUAAUGUGGGUUCUGUUCUGGGCGCCGAUCCAAUGGUGGGCCCACAGAACUUUCCACAGCAUCCACCUUGGAUGCAGCAGUAUCAGCUUCCAUUGUUGCAUCAACAGCAGCAUCAACAGCCUCAGCAUCAGCAGCAAAAUAUGAUGGGCACUUAUAUGGCGGGCCGCCCCGUAUCACAGCCUCUGGGCAUUGGCGGUGGUGCGGGCCCGCUUUUGGAUGUUGCAUAUCCCGAGAAUCAGAUGGGCUUGUCAUCCCCAUUGAUGGGCACUCUGUCGGACACACAGACACCAGGCCGAAAGCGGGUUGCACCGGGCGAUGUGGUCGAGAAGACUGUCGAGAGGAGGCAGAAGAGGAUGAUCAAGAAUAGGGAGUCUGCUGCUCGAUCACGGGCCAGGAAGCAGGCGUACACGAACGAGCUGGAGAACAAGGUUUCACGUCUGGAAGAAGAAAAUGAAAGGCUCAAGAAGCAGAAGGAAGUGGAAACGAUUCUGCGCUGUGCACCUACUCCAGAGCCAAAGUACCAGCUCCGAAGAACAAGUUCAGCCCCUUUCUAACUGUGUUAAUAUGCAAUUUUGUAGAUUUGAAUGGGGUGGUUUCUUGAAUUUUGCGUCGUGUUUGGGUAGCUCCGCCCAACUGAGUUCCUUUGAACUCUUGGGGUAGCUAGCUGUAUACGUUUCUAAGGAGCCUUGCAAAAAAAACUACACGAGCUGCUCGUUUUUUUUUUUAUUUUCUCUUUUUUAAUUCUCGCUGAGGCUUUGUUUUUAUGUACAUUUAUUACUCUCUCGCCCUGGGUCGAGGCUGCCUUUGGAUGUAAACCAAAUCACGAUCUGUUUGGAUGUAGGGUGCGUUUGGUGUGGCAUAGAAAACCAGAACUACAACAUGUUGUAAAUGGUUUCGAUGCUUGUUGGA